CUGACGUGUCCGGUUCGGGAGCGGUGCGGGUGCGGUCCAAAAGCGCCGCGUUUCACUUUAGUUAGAUCCGGGUCGGGUCGGCCCAAAACCUCAAAAUUUUUCACGUAUUUUACACUUCCUAACCCUAAAACUAGCCGUUUCUCUCUUUCAAGCAUCGUUUCUCUCUCUCUCAAGCAUCGGUCCUCUUCACGUUUCUUCUUCAUCUUCUCCACACUUCCGCCGUCUCUUCCUUCUUCGUGUGGAGAGUCCUUCAGGUAUGUUUCCUUUUUCUUUUCUGAACUUCUUCCUUCUGCUCCUCUUUGUUCAUCAUGGGUUCUUCUGCUCUUCUUUCUUCAUAAUAUUCUUCUCAAUGGUUCUGUAUAUUCUUUCUUCAUAAUGUUCCUCUUCCUCUAUUAUUUAUUUGUUCUGUUCUGCAUAACAGCUAUGGCAACUAAUCCUCCAAAUAGUUCUACUCAACCAUCAUCAUCCGAUGUUCCAUCUGUGGCUUCUUCGGCUGCUGCUAAGAUACACCAACCAGUCGGUGAUAUAGGCUGGAAAUUCAAUCACUUGAAAGACUUGAAUAAUAGGAGGAGGGUUACUUGUAAUUUUUGUAACGAAACGUCGACCGGAGGAAUUUCAAGAGCUAAGCAACAUCAAUUAGGAAUAAAAGGAAAUGUGAAGGCUUGCACUCAAACACCGGAAGACGUUAAGCUGAUUUUACAAGAGCAUGAAGAUAAGAAAUUGGCUGCCAAAAAAUCUAUUUCAGGUGAAGUCCAUGAAGAUGAUGAUGAGGCUUCACGGCUGUUAGAGAUAUCUAGGAUCCGAAGUGGGAAAAGGCCGGCUGAAGAAGGGAGUAUGCCAACUGCCAAGAAGAAUACAAAAGGGCCGUUGGAUGUAAUUUACUAUAGGAAACCGGAGGAAAAUUUGAAAAAAGGAAAGCAAACAAGCUUGAAUGAUGCUUGUGAUAAGAAGGCAAGAGCGAGUUGUUGUCAAUACAUAGCCCGUUUCUUUUAUCGGAAUGGAAUUGCUUUCAAUGUUGCAAAAUCAAAGAGUUUCAAAUUGAUGGUUGAAGCAAUUGGUAUGUAUGGUGCACAUUUGAAGCCUCCAAGCUACCAUGAGUUGCGAGUUCCUUUGCUUCAAGAUGAGUUGAGACUUACACAUGAGAUGUUGAGUACUAAUAAGAAAGAACAAGAAAAGUAUGGUUGUUCCAUAAUGUCUGAUGGUUGGACCGAUACAAGGGGAAGAACAUUGAUAAACUUUUUGGUUAAUUCUCCUGCAGGAACAAUGUUUGUUAAAAGUGUUGAUGCUUCUGCCGACAUGAAAACUGGACAAAAGUUGUUUCAACUUUUGGAUAGCUUUGUUGAAGAGAUUGGUGAAAGUAAUGUUGUGCAGUUAGUUACUGAUAAUGGAAGCAAUUAUGUCUUGGCUGGUAGACAUAUUCAAGUAUCAAGACCAAAAAUAUUUUGGACUCCAUGUGCUGCUCAUUGUCUAGACUUGAUGCUAGAAGACAUCGGAAAAAUUCCUAAAGUCAAGAAGGUUAUACAAAAAGGAAUGACACUCGUGGGCUUCAUUUACAACCAUUCUUUGGUUUUAAAUUUAAUGAGGGAGAAGUUAGAAAGUGAGUUGGUUAGAAGUGGAGUCACAAGGUUUGCCACAAACUUUCUUACUUUGCACAGAUUGCACAUUCUAAAGGCAAAAAUUAGAACCAUGUUCACUUCUGAAGAAUGGUUGAACUUGAAUGCAAGUAAGGAGGUGAAAGGAAAGAAGGCGGCUGCUAUUGUACUUCAAGUAUCAUUUUGGGAGGAUAUUGUGUACACUCUUAAAGCUAUGGGACCUCUUGUAAAAGUGCUUAGGCUUGUUGAUAAUGAAAAAAGGCCGGCAAUGGGUAGCAUCUAUCAUGCAAUGUUGGAAGCCAAAGAGUUUAUUCAAAGAAACUUCAACAACAAUGAAAACAAGUACAAAGACAUCAUUGAUAUUGUUGAUAGAAGAUGGAGUAUACAACUUCAUCAUCCGUUACACGCAGCUGGGUAUUAUCUUAAUCCGAAGUACUUUUAUACCAAUCCAAUGAUUGAGAAUGACGCUACGUUGUUGGAUGGCCUUUAUGCAUGCAUUAACAAGCUUUCUGCAAAUGCUAAAGUUGUUGAUGCCAUCCAUGGAGACUUGGCGAAAUAUAAGAUGGGUGUGGACCACUUUGGAUUGACAGAAGCGGUAAGGCAAAGAGACACUAUAUCUCCUGCUGAGUGGUGGAAGAGGUAUGGAGCAAAAACACCAGAUUUGCAGCUCCUUGCAAUCAAAAUAUUGAGUUUGACUUGUAGCUCAUCGGGUUGUGAGCGGAAUUGGAGUGCUUUUGAGCAUAUUCAUUCCAAGAAAAGAAAUAGACUUGAACAUCAAAUGUUGCAAGACUUAGUUUUUAUCAAGUAUAACCAAACUUUGAAGGAGCGCUUUGAUAGUGAUGAUAUGAUUGAUCCUGUGGUUAUGGAGGAUGAUAUUGAUACAACUAACCUAUGGUUGUUGGGAGGUGAAGAUGAGGUUCAACCUGAUGAUGAUAUGGUGUUUGAUGGUGAUGAUUUGUCUUGGCUAGAUGUUGAAAUUGCAAGUGGUGCUGUUGAGCCAAUAAUCAGCACUAGAAGUCAAGCAGCAUUGCAGAAAAAGGCAACUACAGCUGCACCUUCUUCCUCUAGAUCUAAGGGAAAAGCAAAGGAAGUGGUAGUAGUAGAUGAUGAAUUUGGUGAUCAAGACUAUCUUGGAGAAGGUGAAGAGGAUGAAGAGGAUGAAGAAAAUGAAGAGGAUGGUGGAAGUGAUGAUGAAGACAUGGAAUUUAAUGAUUCUUGAAUUUUUAUUAUAGUUACUGUGUUUAGUUAUUUUAAGACUUAUAUCCUUAAGUGUUUGUUUUCUUGAAGUUUAUAACUAUUUGGAAGUAUGUUUCCUUAAGAAUUAUGUUUUUUAAUGGUAUUUGGAAU